AUGGCCUCCGCCUGCGUCAACAACGUCACCGUCCCCCCUUCUUAUGGGGUCUUCAGCCCUCGCGUCUCCUUUAGCCGCGACUUUCCUCCUACUAAGGUCGGAUCCCCUCGACUCAAUGCGGUUCGGCCCGACCGUUCUAGCCGUUGGAGGAGCUCUCCGGCCUCAAGCGGCAGAGCAGGAACAACGUCGAGAGCGGAUCCGGUUCUAAACCUGAACCCGAAGUCCUUAAAGCAUUUCCUUAACCGCAAUCUGCGAUCCUCAUCAUCGUCGGAUCCUAAUCUUAACCUGCCCCUACUGAAAGAAUCCGACACUGAGCCGCUGUCGAUCUCCUCUCGCCUCUCGCUGUCGUCAACAUCCUCGUCCGGACCCGAAUCCGAAGAGCACCCUCGCCUCUCUCUCGACUCCGAACACAAACCAAACCAAGCCCCGAUUCUUUUGAACCGAAACCCACCAAAAGUUAGGGUUUCAAGAGCAAGAACCGGAGCGGAAGGGCGCGUGUCGGGUUUCAAGAGCAAGAACCGGAGCGGAAGGGCGCGUGUCGCUUCGGGUAAAGUUGUUUUUCAAGGACUCGGCCGGAGCUCGAGUAGCCCGAGCACCUUCAACGGUGGGCCCCGCAUCAAACACCGCGGCAUGGAGCGCUCAUACUCUGCCAACGUGCGCGUGACGCCGGUCCUCAACGUGCCGGUUUGUUCUCUCCGUGCCGGGUCCAAGAGUUUCGGUUUCGGCCAGCUUUUCUCCGGUUCGGGUUCUGGGUCGAGCUCCAACCCGAAAGCCGGUAACGGCAGCAGCAAAGGGAAAAACUAAAAGGCAGGGCCGCCUAUGGUCAUGAUGAUUAUUGAUUAAUUAACUCUUCGUUUUGUUAAAUUUGAGUUUUGCUAUCAGAUUCUGUAAAUAGUGGGGGAGGGUUUGUGCUGAUCUUUUUGCCGGUGAAAAAAAAAAAAGUUGCUGUGUAGACUUUUGAUGGUAAUUUGUCCUGUAGCUGAGUAAUGUAGCUGUGUUGUUUUUGCA